UCGUAGGAAUUUUUCAUGCUUUUGGCGGUUGGUGUGCGCUUAACGUUAGCAGUUCAGCAAUGUUGCCCAGAAGGCGAUAUUCUCGUCGCCAAAGGACGUUGUCGGAGCAAUAACCAACCUGCUAAUGUCAACUGCCCCAGCGGAAAGUGGCUUCUGAAGGAGGCAUAUACGGAAGGCGAUAAACUCUAUUCCCUGGACGCCCCUCAUUUCGUUUAUGUAGAUGAUCCAACACAGUACUGCCUAACUCAAGUGUAUCGCAAUAACUCGGAUCCUGACGCGGGUAUAGUCGCCGGAGCAGUGAUAUGCUACGAGCCCUCCUCACCGACUCAAAUGGAAGUCACCGGAAUUCUCACUCUUAUUUCUGUUGUCUUCCUUCUCCUCACUCUCACUGUCUACUUGUAUCUGCCACAAAUGAGGGAUUUACAAGGCUUGUGCUAUAUAAGUCUGUGCAUCAGCAUGGCACUAGGAUAUCUGUCUUUGGGAGUACUGCAACUCAGUCCGGGAUUCAGAGGCGAAAUCUGUACUGUCACAGGUUUUAUCGUAUACUUCUGGAUGAUGGCCACCUUCUUCUGGAUGAACGUGAUAAGCAUUAACACGUAUCGCUCCAUUGUUGACUCGACUCAUCUAAAGAAGACAGAGAGGCUGCAAUACUUCAGAUACAGUCUGUACGCUUGGGGCGGCACCAUUUUCUUUUUGGUGGUGUCUCUGAUCACGAACUACUCUGAAGGUGACCAUUGGAAACCUGGCUUCGGAGAACACAGCUGCUGGUUCCAAGGUACAACUGAGACGUGGAUUUUCUUUUACGGUCCAAUCGCAGUCCUCAUCGCCAUGAACGUGGUGCUUUUUAUAGUGUCUUCUUGGUUACUGUGGCAGCAGACGAAAAAAUACGAAGUGGAGAAGUUAAACAACCUCAAACAUAAAUUCCUGCUCUCAUUGAAGUUGUUCCUAGUCAUGGGUAUUUCGUGGGUAUUUGAGAUCGCUAGUUUUGCACAUGGAAAAUCCACCAUACUAUGGAAAAUCAUGGACACCUUCAACAGUCUUCAAGGCGUGGUCAUAUUAUUCCUACUUGUUAUCUUACGGCGGCGAGCCAUGCGUGGGCUGGCCAACGAAGGCUGUUGCCUUUUCAUCACACGUCCUUUGGCAGAAAAACUCAGCCCUUAUGAUGAAGAAGAGAAGCAGGGUGUUUUGAAUGAUGAUACUGUGGAAGUCCGACUUAAUUAAAUAAAGGUGCGAAUAUAAAGAAACGUUUCUGGCAAUACUAAGAGUACAGUGAAGUGAAUGAGUGUACAUUUUAAAUGCAUGAUGUUUAUUGCUUAUCGAUUCUAAUGCUGAGAUUUAUAUAACGAGCUUUAACUAAGCAAAAAUGUUGCACCAAACCACUUUUUCGUAUACAUUUACAAAACGACCUUUACAUAAGUUUAAACUAGAAUCAAACUUUGGCAAAGUUCGUUUUUUAAAUACGAAAACUUGCUUAUCUUCGUUGUUGCUUUGUCGAAGUCAAAGUUCGUUUUAUAAAUUUCAGACUAAAAGUCAGAGGUCAAUGUGUCACAAGUGGCAACUUUGUAGAACAUAAAACUGCGUAAAUGUACGGUAUUUUUAUGUAAAUGCAUCUUUGUUGUAAAUGCGCUGCACCAAAUGUUUAUAAAAUGUAUGUUAAUUUUGUUAUAUUGGGCUUUAGUUGCAGUGUGUUCUAUUUCUUAGUAAAACGGAAAAGCCCACGUUAUCUUAGUCAGAAAAUUUAAAUUUCGCAUAAAGCCACGAAUUAUAUGUAAAAUUAAUAUUAAAAUUUGUAAGUUAUGUGCUUCAAAAUAAUAAUGUAUAAUAAAUGUUCUGUUUAAUGUUAUUACUCUUAAAUGUUACAUAUUCAAUGUAAAACUAUGUAAAACGGAACUGAAAUAAUAUCCAAAGAUUAUGUACGUUUUAUAGGUCAAUGAUGUUUUAAUAUUUUUUUUAAUAUUAAAAUUAGGAAUGUUAAGGAUUUUACAAUUUAGACGAUAAAAUCGCUUUCCUGUGCCAUAAAAUUAUAAUAAAUUUAAAAUGUAUACUAAUUUUAUAAUAUUUUUGUACGCAGAAUUUAAAAUGUAAGCAGUAGCAUUUACUUAGUAUAAAUGAUACGUGGAUUAUUUACAUUGUAAGUUUUUAUCUAUUGUUCCUAUUUUCC